AUGCGCCAGCGCUGCUCGCACUCGAUCUUACUCGCAUACCGGCGAGCAGCCCUUUUGCCAGCGGUGCCACCAGAGGUUGCCCGGAUGCUCCGGCCGAGCGUGCGGGCUCGACACGUGCUGCAGUGCGAGCGGGUCUCCGAAACGGCAGGGCCGUUUUUUCACCGUUUCCAAACAUAUUCAAUUGUAUUCCACGCUGCCGGCGCUGCUGUCGGGAAGCGCACGCCAGGCGGCGCCCUCUCGCAGCAGCCGCGGAAAACGAGCUACCAGCGGUGCUGGCACAAGGCUCGCCCCGAGCGCGCCGGUUCGACC